AUGGUGUAUGGUGCGGUUUUUAUAAUGGUGUUGGCUGUGACAUUUGCCAUCAAUGAUCAACAGGAUGUGAAAUAUGAAACCCUUCAAACUGAAGUGUCGGCUUUGAAGAAAUUCAUGGCGACGAUGAAUAUCGAAUUGGAAAAUAUUCGCAAACAGUAUGACAAAGUAAAUGAAGAUUUGAAGAUUGUCAGGAGUAAACAGAGGAUUGUGGACAUAUAUAUGUUAUUGAAAUCAGAAGAAAAAUAUCAAUACCCGUACAAAGACCAGGGGGAGGUAACUCAUAGCAAGCGAUCUGGAGGAACAGUUUACCAUCCUUCUUUUCAUUUGUCUAAUGUUUGGACAGGAUCAAAAGGUUCCGGGCAAAAAGGCGAAAAGGGUGAUUCGGGCAUAAAGGGGACUAAAGGGGAUAAUGGAAUACCAGGUUUCCAGGGACCAAAAGGAGCUACAGGGCCGACGGGACAUACCGGGUCGCCUGGUACGGCGGGGCAAAAGGGGGAUAUAGGGAAUACCGGGGCUACAGGACAAAAAGGGGCCAUGGGAAGAACAGGGGCAUCCGGGCCGAGGGGACUUCCUGGAAUACGUGGUACUACAGGACAAAAGGGAGAUACUGGAAUACCAGGGACUACGGGGCUUAAAGGUCAAAUUGGAUCACCUGGUCCUUCUGGACCGAAAGGGGACUUAGGAGUGAGAGGUGCUACUGGACCGAGGGGGCCUACUGGAGCAACAGGUACGAAAGGGCAGAAGGGUACAACCGGGAGAACAGGGGGUACGGGACAUAGAGGUUACACUGGAUCGCCUGGUGCUCCGGGACUGAAAGGGGACAUUGGAAUCAAAGGAACUAGCGGACCGAGAGGAAGAACUGGAAUUGCGGGUACUAAAGGACAGAAGGGGGCAACCGGAAGAACAGGGGCUACAGGAUCGAGAGGGAGGUCAGGAGCGAAGGGACAAAAAGGAGACACCGGAAGCCAAGGAAUACCACACAGAGGUAUAAAUGCAAUUUAA